CACAUUUGGCAGACAACUAUCUUCUUGAGGCAGAUCCGGAAGCACAAAGCAAUCAGCUAAUACGAGUUCGUGAUUUGGAACUACACAUGUAUGACCUCAAGUGUCCGACUCAAUUACAUUUACCUAGGCGAAAUACAUUCAUGCCUCUACGAAGGUCAGAUUAGAAUUAGCAAUCGGUCUUCUAGGUACACUGGCGGAUUGUCCAUCAUAUUUACCAAUGCAGACGUGACACACUCGGGGGAACAUCUACAAUACCACAGACUCACCAUGCUUUAUGCAAACUAUCAUGAUUUUGCAUGCAAUCUUUACUCCAUUGGGAAUGUUCUUGGUCCUUAACGUUGAGAGAUGCUGUGCUCUCACUUUAGAAAUGCAUUUAGUACAUCCACUAGGAUAAGAGCUUUCACACAACGACUUCCAAGUUAUAAAUACUUUUGAUUUCUCUUCCUUCCUACACAUCAUUGUCGUCCAAGUUUCCAAGAGCUGAAUUUGAUCCGAAUUCUUCUAUAGCAAUUACAACCAACACAAUUGCAAGCAUGAAACUCCACACAAUCCUCGUGGCUACUCUUUCUUUAAGCGCAAUCGCUGCACCUCUAGUCAACAAGGACUCCACCGGAAAACGUACCAGCCCCGUCCCACCUCUUAUGGAUGCGGGUAUCGAUUCUAAUUUCGUCGAGAAGCGCGCCAGCCCCGUCCCACCUCUCAAGUUCAAGACUCUCGCGCACUUUGAAGGUGUAAUUCUGGUGCUACACAUCCUAGGGUUCUUCGCCGUUUUGAUUCCACUCGUGUAUCUCUCACCGCACGGCGAUACUUCCCUCUUUACUACAUUUGUGAAUGAAGGCGGGUGGUCCUCGCAAGGACUAUCAUUCAUGAUUGGCUUGCCAGCUUCUGUUUUCUCGCUUAUUGGUGCUGAUUCGGCCGUUCAUAUGUCGAAAGAGAUUAAAAAAGCAUCAAUUGUUGUAGCCCGUGCAAUGCUCAGUGGUCUCAUUCUCAACGGUAUUCUAGGCUUUGCGAUGAUGAUCGCAUAUCUCUUCUGCUUAGGGAAUCUCGAUGAUGUGUUGAACGCACAAGAAACGUUAGGAUACUCAUUUCUCCAUGUCUUCCAAACAGGAACCGGUUCAACCGCGGGAGCUGCAGUGAUGGGCUUACUCGUCGUGGCUCUCGGUGUCUGUAGCACAGUUGGUGCUCUCGCCUCCUCCUCUAGGAUUUUAUGGUCUUUUGCUAGAGACAGAGGUGUUCCACUAUGGAGGAUUUGGGUAAAGCUUGACCGACGAACCUCAAUCCCCAUAUACACCAUUGCAUUUACCACUGUUGUUUCCGUGCUCCUUUCGCUUGUUAUCCUCGGCUCGGGUGUUGCAUUUAAAAAUAUCGUCAAUCUCAGUAUUGCCGGUCUCUAUUCCUCGUAUCUCAUCUGCUGCGGCCUGCUUCUUUGGCGGUGGCUACAGUCUCCUGGAAUCAAGGCGUACAACCCGCGUAUUCUAAGAGUCGGUCCAGAUAACUUACAUUGGGGCCCAUGGCGCGUCCCGGGAAGAUUGGGUGUCCUCAACAAUGCGUUCGCCUGUGUGUAUAUUUUCGUGCUGUGGUUUUGGGCUUUCUGGCCCCCACAGACACCAGUUGUUCCAGCAACCAUGAACUUUAGUAUUCUCACAUUUGGUGCAACGGUUUUAUUUGCAGUUUUCUGGUAUCUUGUUGAUGGACGAAAGUCAUAUCAAGGACCAUUGAUAGAGAUUAAGCUGUAGAUAGAUUGAAAUGCACGUGUUGCAAAGACUGAGUUUUUGGGUGGUGGGUCGUAGACUGCGGUAGGGCGCAAACGGCAUUUUUGGAUUUUUA